CAAAAAUAAAAUUUUAAAAAAAAGCAAGUCAUACUUUUUUUUUUUUUAUUAUUUCAGUGCUAGGGAAAUAUUUUUUUUUCUUUCCUUGUUAAAUACGUUUAGAAUAUACAAUGAGUGAUUGGGAGGACGACGAAAUCGAUGUCAAGGUAGAAGUUGCCAUUCCUAAAAAGAACAAGUGGGAUGACGAAGACGUGGAAGAGGAUGUCAAGGAAUCUUGGGAAGAUUCAGAUGAAGAAGAAACCAAAGAAAAGAAGCCUGCCCCCGUUCUCAAGAAGAAGGUUCCCCUUAAGCAAAAAAUCGCAGAGAAAUUAGCUGCCGACGAACAAAAGAAGAAGGAACUCGAGGCCAAGAAGCUGGCUGGUGAGGACGAAGAAGAAGAAACAGAGGAAGACGCCUAUGAACGUAAAGAACGUAUGCGUCGUUUAGAGUUGGAAGCGGAUAUGAUGAACGCUACAGAUCUCUUUUCCGGUGUCACAGUCGUUGACAUGAAGGAUAAACCCCUCGAGGAAUGGAGACCUACCAACCGUGUUGAAAUGGACGCUUAUCGCAAGCGUCUCGUAGAAGUCAUCACAUUUGCCUCUAAAUCUAUCAAUUAUGGUUGGUUUAUCGAUGAAUUAUUACGUGAUAUUGCUGUCCCUUUGAAGGAUACUGAGGUAAAGAAGGUCGCUGCUUCAUUAACUACCAUUGCUAAUGAAAAGCAACGUGUGGCCAAGGAGGCUCUUAAGAAGGGUAAGGGUAAGGGUAGACCCCAAUUAGCCGCUGCUGGUAAAAAUUCUGCUGCUGAUGAUUCUUAUGCCGAUAAUGGCUAUGAUGACUAUGACGAUUUCAUGUAAAAAUAAAAAAGAAAAAAGAAAAAAACAAUACUCUCAAAUGCGUGCGUACAUUUUUUUUUUUUUUACUACAGCAA